GGAAAAAAAAAGUAAGCGGAUGACGUUUGUAUCUUCUGCUAUCUGAUAUUUCUGUCUAAUAACCGGUGCAAAAUGAUGUUACUUUCAAUUAUGUGUAAUUUGGGUUUUAAUUUUUAAUUACAUACAACUUGCAGGGGAAGAAAUCAUCGUAAUAAUAUUGAAGUAUUACGGAUCAUAUUCCUAUAUAAAUUCGAAUAAAAUAUAUACUCUACAAAUUAUGGAUUUCUCUGAUUUUAUUAAAAAAUAAGAAAUAAAGAUAUGUAUUCUAUAAAAACACCUUCGCUUCGCAUCGACGAGGCAGAUUUGAAAUGUAAAAAUGGUUGUGGUUAUUAUGGUAACGCAGAAUGGGAAGGCUAUUGCAGCAAAUGUCAUCGAGAACAUUUACAAAAGCAACGAGCACAAAGAGAAGAUACAUCUAAUAAAACUUUACCUACUGGAUAUCAUAAACAGGAAGAAAAAAAAUCGCAACAAGAAAAGAAGUAUAAAUUAUUAAAUAUUUCUUUCCGAAAGCCUACAUCAAAGUUACAAGGAUGCCAAGAAUUACUUUAUGAAUUAACAAAGGACAAUUCAGAUCUUGAAAAAGUAAGAACUGAAAAUAGAGAUCUUAUAGCUUCAAUUGUGAAAACACCAGUUGAAAAAGAUGUACGAAAAUGUAUACAUUCAUUUGUAGUAGAUAUUCUUCAGAACAAAGAUAUCAAAAGAAUAGAAGAAUUAUCAGAAAUAACACAGAAUUUUUAUCAAGUGUUUGCUAAACGUUUAGAAAAUAGUGUUAAAUAUACAGAUAUAUCUGCAGAUAUUAAAGAAAGAUUAUUAGAUUAUGUUGAAAAAUAUUCUAUGACAUUAUUGUACAGAAUUCUAUUUUGUCCACCAUUCACAACAGAUGAAGAAAAAGAUUUAGCAAUUCAAAAAAGAAUAAGACAAUUAAACUGGGUCAGUGGCAAGAAUUUAGAAUGUAGAAUUCAUGAAACAAGUUCUGAAGUUAGAGAACUUGUGUAUACAUCUAUAACAGAUUUACUAAAUAUGGAUUCUGCUAAAGCUCCACAAGAAAAAUUAGCAUGUGUUAUUUAUUGCUGUAGAAAUAUAUUUUUGUUAUUACAACAAUCUGUAGGUGGUCCAGCUUCUGCAGAUGAAUUUUUACCUGCUCUUAUUUUUAUUGUUUUAAAAGCCAAUCCUGCACGGCUUAAAAGUAAUAUUAACUUCAUAACAAGAUUUUGUAAUGCUAGCAGACUAAUGACAGGAGAAGGGGGAUACUACUUUACAAAUUUGUGUUGUGCUGUAUCUUUCAUUGAAAACUUAACUGCUGAAUCUUUGAAUAUGGCUGAGAAAGAUUUUAAUGCAUAUAUGUCAGGAGAAAGAGUACCACCAAAUACGUGGGAAUCAGCACUAAUGAUGUGUGAAAGCUUGCACUUGAUGUGUGAAGAUAUAACGUUACUUGAUAAUUUAAAGGCAAAAAAUUUAGAAAUAAUAAAUGAAGCAAAAGAAUUACAAUCUAGAAUGACACAAUUUAAACAAGAUAUAGAAGUUAAAGUAGCUGCUGCAAUUGAGAAAUCACCAUUAUUAAUAACGCAUAGUCAAAAAUUGCCUACAAAUUUAGAUUCAGAUAAUAUUGAAAACUACCAGUUACCUCCGCCUAUUAUACCUCAGGUAUAUUCACACCCUGUUAGCGACCAAUCCAAUAACACUUUACUGGCAAAUAAUUCAGUUGAUUUAAGAACUUCACUGAUGGAUGAUUGUAUUACACCGUCUCCAACAUUUGAUUUUCCUUCCUUCACUGGUGAUGGUAGUUUAGAUGUUAGUAAAGCAGAUGAUGAAACAAGUCUAAUCAGUUUAGAUACACAAUGUGAUUUAUUGAUGACUGAUUCUCAAUUACAUGAAAAAGAUACACCUGAUAUAUUACUGGGAAAUUCAAGUACUUCUAAUGCAAAUCUCGUAUCAUCUAUUGAAUCAAUAGGUCAGGAAGAUUAUCAUGGUUUUACUAUACAAGGAUCCCAUAUACCAACAAUUCCUUGCAGUACAGGUGAUUUGUCCAUUAAUUCUGCAGAAUUGUCAUCGGAUAAUCAUUAUUCUACAUAUUUCCACAAGAUGUAAUGCUAUUUAUAGAUUUAGAAAAUUAUUCUUGGAAUAAUUACACAUGAUAAAUUUAAAGAGAAAAAUUAUUAAUAGAAAAGAGAUUAGAGCAUUCCUUCUUAUGAAUAUAUAUAUAUAUAUAUAU